AUGGAAGACGGCGAUGAAACGUCCUCGUUUACCGGUUUGGUGCUGUACGGGGCGUUGCUCGCUGCUUUCUUGGUGGUUUUGAGGCAUUACUUCAAAGGAAAGCAGUUCACCGAGAAGGCGUCAGCGAAGGAGAAAGUGGCCGUUGUUACGGGCGCUAACACUGGAAUUGGACUAGAGAUAGCGAGGGAAUUGAAUCUACGCAAAGCAAAGGUGUACAUGCUUUGCCGGGAUGAGAAGAGAGCUUUGGAAGGUCGAUUAAAAUUGGUGAACAUGGGAUGCGAUCCGACUCGCUUGAUCGUCGAGCUUUGCGACCUGGCCAACUUUUCCAGUAUCCGAAAUUGCGUGGAUCGAUUGUUGAAGAAGGAGUCUGGGAUCGACAUUCUUGUCAACAAUGCGGGCAUCAUGUUCUACCCCAAAUAUGAGAAGACGGUGGACGGACACGAGAUGCACUGGCAAUGUAACCACCUAGGUCCAUUCCUACUUACUGAACUGCUGCUCCCAACGCUGAAGAAGGCUUCGGAAGCCCGCAUUGUCAACUUGUCAUCGAUGCUCCACCUUCGUUCUGAUCGCAUCGACAUCUCGACGAUUGAUGAUAAGAAGCAAUUCGGCUUUGUGGCUCCCUACAACCGCAGCAAAUUAGCUAACGUUAUGCAUGCCAGGGAACUGGCGCGCCGGUUGCGGAAGGAAGGCACUCACAACGUGAUCAUCAAUAGUUGCCAUCCGGGCGCCGUCGAUACCGAACUUGGACGCAACUUUUUCCUCUCGAAGCCGCCUUUUAAGCAAAUCUCGCGCCCCUUCAUGUGGUUCUUCACGAAAACGGCUCGUGACGGUGCUCAAACGCCGCUCUACCUUUCCCUCUCCAAGAAAAUUGAAGGCGUUAGCGGGAAAUACUUCAGUGACUGCUCCAUCAAGUCUGAAAACCCACUGGCACUGGACGACAAUGCCUGCGAGGAUUUGUACAACUACAGCCUAGAAACUUGCCAAAUCCGU